AUGUCUUCCAAUAAUCCCAACAACACUAAUAAUUCUUCUGCUCAGGCAAAAGAAUCAGAGGCAAAAAAGAAGAGAGCUGGUCCCAAAAGAAGAAAAGUUACUCAUGCUUGUGUUUAUUGCCGACGAUCACACAUGACAUGUGAUGAGGGUCGUCCUUGUCAACGAUGUAUAAAACGUAAUAUUGGACAUCUUUGUCAUGAUGAACCAAAAGGCACACAAAAUUUACAAAAAAUCCAAAACCCUCCUGUUCACGUAGUACAACCUAAUCUUUUAACAAUGUCUGCAGCUACUUCAAAUGGCAUGAAUCAAAACACUUAUUCAAACAUAGCUAUGCAAAAUUUUCCUCAUACCACAGAAUAUUCACAAUUUCCAUUAACUUUUGCUAGUGAAGAUAUGGGUCAUGAAUUUACAGUUCUGACAGAUUUUUUAGAGAACAUAAAUGGAAACCGGCAUAAUUUACAUGAUCCUGUUCGUUCUUCAUUAGAUAACACCACAAAAUUUUUUUUAACAGCAGCGGAUCCUUCAGAUGGCACUUCUGAAGACCGACUUACUCAAGUGAUUAAUGCAAAAUUUCAAGCCGGCCUUUUAAAACCAUAUAAUUAUGUAAACGGGUACACGCGUUUACAAAAAUAUAUGGAAAAGAAUAUGUCAAAUUUAAAUCGGAUGAGAAUUGGAAAUUCUCUAUGUACUUUUAGACCUUCCUUUCGAAGGAUUGCUCAAUCAUUAACUGACAUUGAUUUGAUUUUGGUUGAAGAAGGAUUUGAACGUCUUUUACUGGAUUACGAUAGGGUAUUCAGCUCUAUGGGAAUACCUGCUUGUUUAUGGCGCAGAACAGGUGAAAUAUAUAAAGGUAAUAAAGAAUUUGCUUCACUUCUAAUGAUGGAAGAAUCGGCUGUAAAUUAUUGGGAGAAAUACGGUAAAAUAGCAUUUGAUGCAGGUCAAAAAGCUGUUUUAACAUCAUGUUUAUUAAAAGGUCCAGGUCAAAAUAUUCAUAGUUAUGCAUCAUAUUGUUUCUCAUUUACAAUUCGCCGUGAUAAAUAUAAUAUGUAUGUAUGA